AUGAAGCUUCCUCUAUUUGUGACCAAGGCUGCCAGCCCUGCUGCUCUCCCUAAGGACAUCCUUGUCUACAACAGCUCCGGGAAUGCUGACAAUUCACUUGAUCAUGCCGCCAAUGACCUCUUGGUUGUCUACCAGCAAGCAACGAUCGACAGACUCUUACCCCGGGACUUAUUCAGCCCACUACUACUCGCCCGUGAUAACGAUGGGCCAAAUUGUUCUUCUGGAGAAGUAGCCUGCCAGAACAGCUGCAUACCCAAAGGCGCCGACUGCUGUGGGGGGACUUUCUAUUGCAAUGCCGGCUCAUCUUGCACCAAGGAUGGCUGCUGCGCUGAUGGCUCGGUGUGUGACAGCCAAAAGUGCGAGGGCGACCAGGAAGCAUGUGGCACUGGUUGCAUGCCCAAGGGCUCGAUAUGCUGUGGUAGCUCGUAUUGUGGCUCUGGGUCGGUUUGCUCCAAGGAUAACACUUGCAGUCCCUCAUCGUCGAGUAAACCCUCAGCAACCGUCCAGACCGCUCAGUCAGACAAAUCAACCACAGUCAAGUCUGCGACCUCAGACAAGCCUACAACAUCAGCGGAGCCCACGACAUCCGACCAGCCCACGUCGACAUCAGCGAGGCCCAAGACGACGACAUCAGAUAGACCGACGACAUCAGACAAGCCUUCAACUUCCACGAAACCCACAUCAACAGUUCAGUCCACCACCUCACAAACUUCAACGACAUCAGACAAGCGAACAACUGAAAGCGUUUCGAUCACUACCAGUCUAUCGAGCACGAGCUCAAGCAGCAUCUCUACAGACACUUCCCUUAUCGUUACAACAACAAUAGAACAAGAUCUCGCCGCGAUUCUUCAAACUGCUAUACCAACUUCAGCCCAGACAGACCCUGAAGCGAGAUGUUUUCUGUUGUCUGGGCACGCAUCACAAUAUACCACUCCUUCAUGGUACACGACCCUCCCUAGCGACUUACAAAGCUACUAUGCCUCGGCUACAGUUGAACCCUCAGCAACAGCUCACUGCACCCCAACGAACCCACCCUCGAAGGUGGCCUCUCAGGAAUCAGCCUUGCCUGCUCCGACCAUUGGUGCCCUCAUAGGCGCCGCAGCCUUCGUCGCUGGCGUAGUUACACUUUUGAUUUUGCUAGCCAGGUCUGGUAAACUCCCAUGGCUGACACGCCGUAAGGCGCACGACACAGACGAUACAUCUGAUGGGGCCGAGUUGAUCCCUGUCCGGGAAAAGACGAAGAGGCACCUGUCUUUUGAGCCUGGUCCAACUGGUGGGAUAGUUGCCCCUCCGCAGACUCUUCCGCAUGAUAGUCGGCUGUACGUCUCCCCGCCUACAGUUCCUGCUAGAGCGCAGGCGAGAACUGGAGAUGGGAAUCAAGUUCUAGAGUACGAUUGGCCCAUGGCCCCAUCCCCCGUGGCCUCACCGGGACGGUCCAGCUUUGUUCCAAGCCCAGCAUCGAGCAAUGCGAGGUUCACUCCGCCACUUGCUUUUGGCGCGGAAUGGCGACCCCCGAAAGAAGGCCCCAGGGCUUUCUAA